CCACUUUGUCAUGUGACUGAGCUCACUACAUUCUCAGGCACUUUGCUGGACGUGUGGCGCAGGCUUUUCUCUGGGAACAUCUGGAGUCUUGCCCGACUCUGUUGUUCUGUUAAUUUGGGGUAAGCUAUUUUUGAAAUAAAAUUGAAUAUUGAUUUAAUAGUGGCAAAGAUGUGUUAGCGGCAAAAUGUUUGUUAACGGCACAGGUUUCUUAGUAACAGAGGUUUUUUUAGUGGCAAAGGUUUGUUAAUAACAAGGGAUUUUUAGUCACAAAGUUUUGUUUUUUUUGUAGCAAAUGGUUGUUAGCGAAAACGGUUAUUUGGUGGCAAAGGUUUUUUUGUGACAAAGGUUUGUUAGUGACAAAGGUUUGUUAGUGACCAAGGUUUGUUAGUGGCAAAGGUUUUUUAGUGACAAAGGUUUGUUAGUGACAAAGGUUUGUUAGCGAAAAAGGUUUGUUAGCGACAAAGGUUUGUUAGCGACAAAGGUUUGUUAGCGACAAAGGUUUGUUAGUGACAAAUGUUUGUUAGUGAGAAAGGUUUGUUAGUGACAAAGGUUUGUUAGUGAAAAAGGUUUGUUAUCAGAAAUGUCUUAGUUGUGUGAUUGCGCCUACUCCUUAUCUGUCUCAUAACAAAUAACAUUUCUUAAAACUUAUUCUUUCAUUUUUUAAGUCUUAAAACUCUUCAAAAAACCAACGGAUCGAAGCAUGUUUCUCCUAAUUAAAUCGUCGAUAUUUGAAAGUUUGGUGUUUGUAUAGCAGGAAAAUUAACCUUGGUUCACAGUAAACAUUUCAAAGUUUGUAUAAUAAAUACUGCGAGAAAUAGUGAAGCAUCACGAUUAGCGGUUAAUGUGAUAGUAGGCAUAGAUUGGAACGUUGAUGUCAGUCUCACUGUUGUCCUCUCAGGGUUUUAAAAUUAUUUGCUUUAUGUUUUUCCUUUUCCUCUUUUAAUGAAACGAUAAGAUAAGCUAGAUAAGAUUCUUUUAAGACAAUUUAAGUAUUUCUAUGGCGUAGAGAUCAGCCAUAAAGGAACUUUUUUCUUUGGAUGCCCGUAGUCCAUUUUAACACCGGUUUUUUAUGACGAGAAACACAAAAAAAAAACCAAUAACCAGUAGCACGUUAACACAUCCAUUAGUUGAACACAUCCAUUAGUUGAACGCUUUCAUUAGAUCAACACAUCCAUUAGUUGAACGCUUCCAUUAGAUUAACACAUCCAUUUCUUGAACUCUUCCAUUAGUUGAACACAUCAAUCAGUUGAACACAUCCAUGUGUUGAACACAACCAUUAGUUGAACACAUCCACAAGUAAUUGAAUGAAAACAGAGCAACAGAAAACGUGUUCAACUGUCUAAAUAAGCUGACAAUGGUCCAGACAGAAUCCAGUCGUCUGCCAUGCGGCGACCCGGAAAUCACAAUUCAGUUAAUAUAAUCAUAUUAUUAUGUCGGGAGAAAAAUAAACGUUGGUGAGUGGGGGUGGGGGCAUUCAAAUGACUGUUGUUGAAUGAAGUUUUGCAAAUAUUCUAUCCGUUUCUGCGACAUUCCGCAGGCUGUAACUGAACGCAUCAAGAUGGGGACCCAGCCCCCUAAAGACAGCUGCUGUAAAAUGUUCAUGAAGUUCCUCUUCUCACACGUGGGGCUGUGCGCCAUGGUCAUCCUCUACUGUGUGGCCGGAGGGUUCAUCUUCGAGCACCUCGAGAAGAACAACGAGGAGCAGAUCUGCUACGAGUCAAGGUCAGAGUACGAGCCAAUGGAAAUGAAGACCAUCAACUCAACGUUGAAGAUCUUCUACGAUUAUGGAGGGGCGAUAACCACCGAGACAAGCAGGUAACUAGCAAUUCAUCUACUGCAUAAGAAAGAAAAAAGAGGGAUAUAUUGUUUUGUAGUGAACGUGUUUUGUAUACUGAUAAACUUAAUAAUCUAAACAUCUGUUUGUCAUGGACACAUCUAUAGGGUCACGUGAAACAAAUGAAAAACAAUCAUAGAGGAAUGUGCAGCUAUCUCCAAUUUUUUUAAAAAAAAUCUCAAUACUUAAAGCAGAGACAACUGACGGUUCAUCUAUAGACCAAAGAGAUCAUAAAUGGUUGACAUGAAAAUUGCAAUGGUUUUAUAUGAUUUUUACUUGAUCAAUAACUCUAUAUCCCACCAUUCAAUUUAUCAUGUCAACUUUUAGCUUCAUCACUAGCUGUCUUUCCUAACAUUCAAUUUACCGUAUCAACUUUUAACGUCAUCAAUUUCUGUCUGUCAUAUCAUUCAAUUUACCACAUCAACUUUUAACUUCAUCAAUAGCUGUCUGUGCUACCAUUCAAUUUACCAUAUCAACUUUUAUUAACAUCAAUAACUUCCUGUUCAGGGAGCUCAUGUAUGUACAACUCCAGAGUGUCCUGGAGACCUUCAGAAACAACACGCUAGCCAUUGGCUAUGACGGCAGUUGGUGUCAGCUGUACGGUCAGCCCAAUGGUCCCGUCUAUGAGUGGUCGUGGGCAGGGGCUGUCUUGUUCUCUGUGACUGUCAUCUCAACCAUAGGUGAGUCAUUGUAAUCAUGGAUCAGGUGGUCAGUCUUAGGACAUUCCAUUUUAGGUGGUCAGUCUUAAGGCAUACCAUUUCAGGUGGUCAGUCUUAGGGCAUUCUAAUUUAGGUGGUCAGUCUUAUGGUAUUCCAUUUUAGGUGGUCAGUCUUAGGGCAUUCCAUUUAAGAAGGUCAGUCUUAGGGCAUUCCAUUUCCAUACAUUUCAUUACCUGAUGUAUAUUUAAUACACCCCCCCCCUUUAAUUUUUUUUAACCUAAUCUCUAUUUAUUACAUCCCAUAUAUUUCAUUACGAGUUCUCUGUUUAUAACAUACGCUACAUUUCAUUUGAUGGUUUAUAAUUUAUUACAUGAUCCCCUACAUUUUUUUACCUGAUCUAUAUUUAUUACACCCCCCCCCCUACAAUAGGGUGACCAAAUCAUGAACUGGAAAAAAAACGGGACACACCCAAGGAGGGUUUUGGGGGGGGGGAUACCCUCCGGCUAAAGAGGGGUCCGGGGGUCUCCACCGGAAACUGUUUAUUGCUCCUGUUACCUAUUUUGAGACCUACAAAUCUUUUUAAAUUUACCUUUACUUUUGUUACUUAAUUUGAACUCUGAGACAUAUCAUAAACGAAAAUAAUAAUUUUGUAGUGGAUACUUAUUUAUUCAUACAUAUUUUACAACAUAAUAAGAUCUAUUGAUCUAUGGCUGGGACACUGUCGUUUCAUUUUAUCACCUUUCAUGUCCACUCAUCUCUCAUGUCCUUUCAUCUUUCAUGUCCCCACUUAUCUUUCAUAUCGUUCAUCUCUCAUGUCCGAUUAAUAUUCCAUGUCCGCUCAUUCUUUCAACCCUUACUCAUGUUUCGUGUUCCACUCAUCAGUCAUCAUAAUUUUAUUAAAUCUUUCAUUUGUUAGAAUAUAUAAUAUUUUUGAAAAAAAAAGGGUUUUCUUGUUGGUGGCAUCCUUCUCCCAUCUUCCUCUUAGUGCCAGAGAAGUCUUAUCUGGCAACCUACUUACGGCCUCCAUAACGUCAUUAACCCUGUUUCCAUAGAGCUGCAAUCCUCCCAGCUCUGUUUAUCCCGCGUAAUGCUACACAAUGGACUAAUCGAUACAACCCAAGUUUACAAUCCAAUGAUCAGUCGAUAUGUUCAAGAAAACUGUCAAAUCGCAUUGAAAAAAAAAAGUUUUGAUCGUUCUUAAUUUAAGAGUUAUCUUUAUCGUGUCAAAUCAUGUUCAACUGCAGGCCGUGCAUAGCUAUUUCAGCCUUAAGUUGUCUAGCGUGUGACAGCUAUUUCAGCCUUAAUUUUCAUAGCGUGUGACAGCUAUUUCAGCCUUAAGUUGUCAUAGCAUGUGACAGCUAUUUCAGCCUUAAGUUGUCAUAGCGUGUGACAGCUAUUUCAGCCUUAAGUUGUCGCAGCGUGUGAUAGCUUUAAGUUGUCAUAGUGUGUAGCAGCUAUUUCAGCCAUACAUUACCAUAGCAUGUGACAGCUAUUUGAGCCAUAAGUUGAGUUUUGGUUGCUAUGAUACAUUAGUGAUAACUGCAUUCUCAAUGUUUUUUUUUAUAGAAAAAGAAACCGCUUGGCAAUCUAAAAGCGAUGUCACAUCUACAUUCAUCUAACAAUUAGUCGUCCUUUCCUAGGGGGUAUAAAUAGAACUAUACUAUAUAGAUUUACCGUCCUUAUCACUAAGAGUUAUAUUUAUGGAUGGUAAACGAUAUCAGUGUAUAGCUAUGAGCAGUUAGAUCAUAUUUCAAAUUUAAAAAAAAAUGAUAAUAAUAUUUUUAUACUUUAAAAAGAAACAUUUUCUUAUAUAAGUAUAUUUCUAAGUGUUUGCUUUUAUUCACAGAGAAGUAACGGUUGAUUCAGUUUUCUGUAUAUUGAAAAAUAUGACCAAACAAUUUUGGUAUGAGAUGCAAAAAAUAAUAUUUUAAACAUUAAACUAGAUUACCGGACAACCAAAUGCUCCAUACAAUAAUAACCGCUAACAUAUAAUUUGUUCGAGGUUGGUUAAUGAAAAAUUACUGCGCCUGUUUGAACACUAGUUAGAUUUUCAUUUAUUUUUCUGCUAGGUCAAUUUAUAGUUUAAUUACAUUAGCAAAGUAAUUCAAAUGCUUCAUCAUUGGUAACCACGACAGCCAAAUCGAAACUACCCAAUUAAAAACUCAACGCUUAUUGUCUGUUUCGAAUUUUUUGCUUGUUUUAAAACACACAACUUCUUUGGUUAACCUUUACAAUUAGUCUCGAGGCAAUAGAAAAAGAACAAAUAUUCACUUUUUUUUUUUUUUUUGGAAGCUGUCCACUGCGAACAAUUACGCUCUAGGCCUUUCCCGUCACGCUUACCUGGCAAGGUAUACCUGGCUGGGUAAGAUGCCUCUCGCGGUUGCGUUGGUCGAUUACUUGAUGACGUUACUACUCACAUUCGCCUCGAUCGUUACAGAAAAAUUCAGUGAGCAUUUAAAAAUAAAAAUCAAUCAAUGAAUUUAUGUAUCGAUCACCAGCAGAAGGAAAACAGAGCUGUAUGCAAAGGAUCAUACCGUUUGAGGUCCUUACUUAAAAAUAGUGCACGCAUCUAGGUCGCCUACAAAUAUGUUAUGUCUCCUGGUAUGAUGAAACUGAUGAACUAAAUGUUGCCUUUUUCUCUUAAGCAAAGUUCAGACAAUAUUUAACGCAUCUUGCAUUUUGUACAUGUAUAUGGAUUGUCAACUGGGCUCUUAUUCAAAUACUUGAAAUUUUCAUUGCGUUAUACUUCGUUGUAAUGAUAUAAACAUGUCAAAAUUCGUGACUGGUUUCAUAAGUGAAUGUAAACAAUAAUCGUUUAUUUUGGGUUCUGGCCAAAUGUAUUUGUGUAUUUUUGGUUCUGGUCCCUUAUUUUGGGUUCUGGUUCUUUAUUUAAAACAGCGGCAUUACUGUAUCAACAAAAACAUUAAAAAAUAUUAUGUCCCUUUCUUGGAUGUUGUUAUGCCCUUCUCUUGAAUGUUAAUAUAUCCCUUGCUUGGAUGCUAUUAUGUCCCUUUCUUGGAUGUUGUUAUGCCGCUUUCAUUGAUGUUACUAUGUCCACUUCUUGAUGUCACCCCCACCCCCCCCCCCCUUAAAAUAGCUGUUUUGAAGUGUGUCAGUAGGGCUGACAAAAGGUGAAAGCUUAUAUUUACUAACGGGUCUAAUAGCUUUUCAAGACUUUGGGAUUGUGGGUAAAAUGACUUGGAUGGAGUUGAAGUUAUCCACGAAUAAACAUAUGUUGUGGAUGUCAAGCAAUUAUUUUUUGUUAAUUAAAAACGAAUUUCAAUAGCGAAUGUUUUAUAUGUUAAAAGGCCGCCCACCCCCACCCCCCUUUUUUCCCUCUCCCCACCCCCACACUUCAAAAAAUGGAGCUGAUAUUUGGUGUCAUUUAGAAACAGCCAUGACAUGUUUCAAUGACACAUCUCUAAUCAUGACAUGUUUCAAUGACACAUCUCUACGACUGUGCUGAAAGAGUUCAUGAACAUGUGCACAAAAUGACCGAGAGUGGCUUCCCCUGGGCUCUAUUCAAAGUCUGAGACAAAGACGACGCAAUCUAAACUGCCAGCCUUGCAAGGAACGCUACAAGAAUCGAUAUCUCAAUACAUUCGAUUCUUAACGGUUCGAUGGCGAUACCACGUCAUAAUAAUAGUGGAGAUUAUAAAAGAAGACUUUGGUUUGACAGUAAUCGAUGGAACGUUUUAUUAUAUUCUACAUCAAGAACUGCAGACUUCUCAGACAGACUCAUAUAAAGAUGACAUGCUAUUUUAAGAAGAAAGGAGAGUGGUCAUGGAGUGUCACAUGACCUGCUCAGACAGGACUUGGUACUUUUUAGAACCAGGACAAUCCAUUUCGGUGCCAAAAAAUAUUAAAGAACAUUUCUUAUCAGAGGUGGUUACGACAACAGACACGCCGGGAGCCCCCCAUGCUAGACAUUGUAAAGCUUUCAGUAGCUGACUUAAGAUUUAUCGAAGUUUCCUAUCUGGUCAGCUCUGAGUCUUAUUUCUCAGUAACGUCCCUGAUCGAUAGGAUCAUAAGCCGCACCAAGGGCUGCACAAAACAGUAGCAGAGUAAACUGACCGGGUCAGAGGUUAAGCGUUGUAACUAUAAAUAAAGGGCACAACCAUUUAUUAAAUGACUAGACAAAUUAGUUGCAUUUAAGAGCUAACUUGUAUGUGGAAGGUCAGGAACCCUAAGAGCACACUUGUAUGUGUGAUGUCAGGAACCCUGCUUUUGAGAAAAAAUACAUCUAUAUUUGCAUUUUUACACUCCCUCCCGUGGAUGAUGUUGUGUGUGAUGUCAGGAAUCCUGUUGUUUGGAAAAUACAUGUAUAUUUCCAUAGUUACACUACCUCGUGUGAAUGAUGUUGGGUGGGAACACUGUAUAAAGAGACCAAGGAUAAUAUAUGAGGGACUGCCUUGAAGCUAUCUGAAGGAACUUUCGAAUUGUUAUAACUGAGAUAAUUCUGCCUUAGUUACACUGUCUCCAGUGGAUGCUAUGAAAACUUUUUUUUUUCUAAGUAGGAUUAUAUAUCCAUAAGUAACACGUAAUCUUGAAUAGACAAUAAUAGGGGUGGUGGAUUGAUUACUGUCGGAAAAAACUGUUCGAAACGACAUCCAUACUCGAAAUAGCUAUGAACCAACGUGCAAUAACUAGGAGUGGGAGAAAGGGGGAGAGAGAGAGAGACCUGAGAGAGAGAGAGACUGGAGAGAGAAAAGAAGUGGAGGGAGAUACAGAAAAACGAUAAUGACGAAGUCAUUUAACUUUUGUGUACCUUACAAUGAUGAAGGCGACAUAUAUCGGGUCUUACAGCCAGUGCAUUAUUUACCUAGCGUGGACAGAUCCGGUCUUACAGCGAGUACUUUAUUUACCUAGCUUGUACAGAUCCGGUCUUACAGCCAGUGCAUUAUUUACCUAGCUUGGACAGAUCCGGUCUUACAGCCAGUACUUUAUUUACCUAGCUUGUACAGAUCCGGUCUUACAGCCAGUACAUUAUUUACCUAGCUUGUACAGAUCCGGUCUUACAGCCAGUACAUUAUUUACCUAGCUUGUACAGAUCCGGUCUUACAGCCAGUACAUUAUUUACCUAGCUUGUACAGAUCCGGUCUUACAGCCAGUGCAUUGUUUACCUAGCUUGGACAGAUCCGGUCUUACAGCCAGUACAUUAUUUACCUAGCUUGGACAGAUCCGGUCUUACAGCCAGUACAUUAUUUACCUAGCUUGGACAUAUCCGGUCUUACAGCCAGUACAUUAUUUACCUAGCUUGUACAGAUCCGGUCUUACGGGCAGUGCAUUGUUUACCUAGCUUGGACAUAUCCGGUCUUACAGCCAGUACAUUAUUUACCUAGCUUGGACAUAUCCGGUCUUACAGCCAGUACAUUAUUUACCUAGCUUGUACAGAUCCGGUCUUACGGGCAGUACAUUAUUUACCUAGCUUGUACAGAUCCGGUCUUACAGCCAGUACAUUAUUUACCUAGCUUGUACAGAUCCGGUCUUACAGCCAGUGCAUUGUUUACCUAGCUUGGACAGAUCCGGUCUUACAGCCAGUACAUUAUUUACCUAGCUUGUACAGAUCCGGUCUUACAGCCAGUACAUUAUUUACCUAGCUUGUACAGAUCCGGUCUUACAUCCAGUACAUUAUUUACCUAGCUUGUACAGAUCCGGUCUUACAGCUAGUACAUUAUUUACCUAGCUUGUACAGAUCCGGUCUUACAGCCAGUGCAUUAUUUACCUAGCUUGGACAGAUCCGGUCUUACAGCCAGUACUUUAUUUACCUAGCUUGUACAGAUCUGGUCUUACAGCCAGUACAUUAUUUACCUAGCUUGUACAGAUCCGGUCUUACAGCCAGUGCAUUGUUUACCUAGCUUGGACAGAUCCGGUCUUACAGCCAGUACAUUAUUUACCUAGCUUGGACAUAUCCGGUCUUACAGCCAGUACAUUAUUUACCUAGCUUGUACAGAUCCGGUCUUACGGGCAGUGCAUUGUUUACCUUGGUCAGCUCUAGACUUGAUUACAGCUAGUACAUUGUUUACUUCCAUUGCUAGGGCGACAGCUUGCAACCAGUUGAUGCGUGGAAAUGAAAUGUAUAGAAACAAAAGCCGGAAAAGACACGUGAUGACAUCGGAGUGGUGGGGUGGGACGGAUGGAAUUAAGCUCUCAUGUCUUAUGGUGGUGAAUGGCUUUAAGCCAGUGGCUCCUUGAGUGUACGUCGCGGGUCAAAUGAGAACAAGGGUGCAUUGAAAUAUUUUCAUUUCCCGUGUUCUUUUAAGUGGAGUAUGACGCGAAAUCUAGCAGACUUAGUGCAAACAUAUAAAGCUGACAAAGGUUGUCUUGGAAAAAAACAACCUGGAUUCAUCAUGAGCACCGAGAAUAGAAAAGUUUUAAAAAAACACUGCUUGGAGCAUUCCAUUGUAGCAUCCAGCCAUGCUCGAUGUAGCAGCCAGCCAUGCUCGACGUAGCAGCCAGCCAUGCUCGAUGUCGCAGCCAGCCAUGCUCGACGUAGCAGCCAGCCAUGCUCGACUCAGCACCCAGCCAAGCUCGACGCAGCAGCCAGCCAUGCUCGACGGUGACAAGAAGGCUCAGUUCGGAGCAGAGUAAAUACCUGGAAGUUAGGACGAAACCAAUUUUUCGAAGGAAUAUGGUAGGAACGGAAGGUUGCUCGAGGGGAAGUUUUUAAGAGAAUUCACUGAGAAUAGCAACUACUUCCGUCAAACCAAAUGUCAAAGCAUUCGUACUGCAAAACAAUGUCAAAGCAUUCGUACUGCAAAACAAUGUCAAACAUCUCAGUUAUUUCAUGUUGCUGCCUAGUCUUUUACUUUUAUAGUAAGACAAAAACUCAUUCAUGUAUUAAUGAAAUUUAAAAUAUUUUAAAAAUAUGUUAUCCGUAUAAAAUAUUCUACGUUUUUCUGUUCAUCAGCUAUCAUGACUGUUGGUGUAUUUUAUGUGUGAUGUGGCACAUCUUCCGAAGUGGCACAGUGAAGCUAAGAGACGGGACACUCCUGAUUAAAAUGAUGAUGCUUUGUUGAAGGGCCAGAAAAAAAUUAAAUGCCAUUCGCCUAUGUGAAAUAUUUACCCUCAUAUCUCACCCCACACACACCAGAGAAGCACAUGUCUCGACCCACACACCCCAGAGAAACACAUAUCUAAGUCUACACACCCCAGAGAAACACACAUAUACACCAUCUCAGCCUCUAAGUAGUAUCUACCAUAAGGAACCAAGCACUGGGCAAUCAUCCCAUUCUUCACCCCUGAGCCAAUCCCAUCAUUGUAUCACCACUAGAUCGCCUGUUUGCUUGACUAUCUGCAGUCGGUUUAUUUGGACAGAGCGAUCAAUAAUUAUUAUUCUUUCGCAUCGAUUUGUCAUAUGUGCCCUUGUCAUAUGUGCCCUUGUCAUAUGUGCCCUUGUCAUAUGUGCCCUUGUCUUAUGACCCCUUGUCAUAUGUGCCCUUGUCAUAUGUGCACCUCUCAUAUGUGCACUUGUCAUAUGUGCCCUGUCUUAUGACCCCUUGUCAUAUGUGCCCUUGUCAUGUGUGCCCUGUCUUAUGACCCCUUGUCAUAUGUACCCUUGUCAUAUGUGCGCAUGUUAUAUUAGCCCUUGUCAUAUGUGCCCUUGUCAUAUUUGCCCUUGUCAAAUGUGCCCUCAUCGUAUGUUCCUUAGAGAAAUUAUAAAAUCGAAGACUCGGGUGCACUAGCAUAUAACAUAUACAGCCAAAAAAUAAAUAUGAUAAGUAUAGUGAAGUAUAAAUAUAUACCCUAGUAUAAAUAGCAUACAGCAUGCAAUAAAUAGCGUCCAGUCUUGUUUGGAUACAUAAAGCCUGGUGUAUAAUUAUCGUAAAGUCUAGUAUAAAUAGCAUACUGCCUGCUAUAAAUAGCGUACAGCUUAUUUACAUAGCAUGCAGCCCAGUGUAAACAGCUUCUAGUCUAAAAUAAAUCACCUACAGCAGAGUAUAAAUGAGCUACAGUCUAGAAUCAUCCUCCUGACACAGAUCACGUGUUUUUUCUUCAUUGUUUCAUUUCAACAAACUUCUGUGCGAAAAACAUUCAGGUAAUCGGUUUUAUGAUAUUUAAGUAAAGACUAAAGUUGUAUGUGUCUUGUGGACAGGAGAAAGAAUUGGACCUGUUUGUGUCUUUCAAGACAAAUUAUUUUACGUCUUCUCUGUCUGUUGUGUUUCUCUUUAAAUGCAGAGGUUACAUCUAGUCUUGGCUAAUCUAGUUUGGCUACAGUUGAGAAUGUCUGUCACAGUUGAGAAUGCCUGUCUUGUGUCUCACAUCUGUCACAGUUGAGAAUGUCUGUCUUGUGUCGCACAUCUGUCACGGUUGAGAAUAUAUGUCUAGUGUCUCACAUCUGUCACAGUUGAGAAUGUCUGUCUGUGUCUCACAUCUGUCACAGUUGAAAAUAUAUGUCUUCUGUCUCACAUCUGUCACUGUUGAGAAUGUCUGUCUUGUGUCUCACAUCUGUCACAGUUGAUGAUCUCAUAGUGUCUGCUGACUGUCCAUUAUGUAUGAUUCCAUUAUAACUGUCUGCCCACUGGUUAUGAUCGUGUUGUAUGAUGCCUGUGCCCUGCAUGUUUGAUUUCAUACUGUCUGCUAUCUGUCCACAGGGUAUGGACAUAUUGCUCCAAAGACAGUCUGGGGACGCCUUGUCUGUAUUGCUUAUGCCGUACUGGGCAUUCCACUGAUGCUCCUCUGCCUCGCCAACCUCGGCGACGCCCUUGCCGAUAUAUUCAGAUUUAUUUAUGCCAGAAUCUGCUGCUGCGGUUGCUGCAAGAAGAAGAAGAGGAGCAAAAACCAGGUCAGCGACCUUUAGGAGUUGAAUUAUUUUAUGUUUUCUCUCGAAUUUCAUCAAAGUUUUAUCAAAGAAAUUAUUGGGCACAAUGAUUGCUGUUCUACAAAUGUUUGAAAUUGAAAAGUAUAAUCCUAAAAAAUGCCACUCUUGAAGGGUUGUAAAAACAUCUACAGGAGGUUGAGCAAAAUGUAAAGCCACUUUUUGAUUCCUCAUCGACACGAUGCAUUACAAUGUCCAUUUUUUUUUUAGGUCGCACACUUGCCACAUUCUGAGAGCAACACCCCUGGUCACUGGGACAGCUCCGACAAAAAGGCUUUAACCGGUAAAGUCACGUUGACCCUUAUCGUGGAAAGCUUGUUUACUUUCGAAUUAAUUAUCUUCAUUGAAAAUAAAGUUUAUUUCACGACAACAGUAUACGUCAUUGAAUUGCUACGCCUUGCAUUUUAUAAACAGUUUGUAACACAAACAUGCGAGCCACAUAAAAAGACACCGCGGGUUGGGGGAGCCACGCGAGAAAAAAAAACACAACAAAGUUUAAAAAUACUAGCUCCACUAAACCAUAAGGUCUAUUUACUUAAUGCUUAGUGAAGCUAGGAUUACAAUUAAACAAGCCCUAAAAAUGUUUUUCGUAAAAAUCCUUUAUAAAAUAAAAUAUUGAGGAAAUGGGGGAUGGGGGAUGGGGCUGAACAUUUGACAAAGCAUGCAUUCAAGAAACGCACUUUGUGAGAAUCCCAUUUAAUGCUCCUCUCCCCCCCCCCGGCAAGCAACCGCAUAUUUCUUUCACGCCCCUGAACUAUAUUUAUAUUUUUUCGUAAAAACCCUUUAAAAAAUAAAAUAUUGAGGAAAUGGGGGAUGGGGGAUGGGGCUGAACAUUUGACAAAGCCUGCAUUCAAGAAACGCACUUUGGGAGAAUCCCAUUUAAUGCUCCUCUCCCCCCCCCCCCCGGCAAGCAACCGCAUAUUUCUUUCACGCCCCUGAACUAUAUUUAUAUUCUAAUUAAUUUCACACCCACUUUUACAAUGCAGAUUAUUACACCAACUAUUAAAUCUAUCAAACAAAAGGAAAUAUUUCCCACCAAACGCAUUUGCGAUAUUUUCCAGAAUCUCAUUUAGCGCGGUUUUCGGGAAUAUCUAGUCCUGCAAUCAGUGACAUCUGGUAGUGUUGCCACGGAUUUCUAGAGUUGGGAGCGGGAAGUGAGGAUGAAGGGUUCAGAGAAUGUAUUGGCGUCUGCAACGCGUCUGUCUACCAAGUUUCAACUGUAUGGGGUUACGGGAAGUGGGUCAAUUGGCCGUCCCUAAGAUUUUGUCUUAAACAGCAGCGAAGUUAAGAUAAAGUAUUUUUUAAAAAAAGUGAAAAAUAUUUUACCUCAGAACACAUAAACAUGUUUCAACAAUUAGAUUCUCUCCGUUAAAAAAAUAUAUAUAUAUAUAUAAAUAAAUCAUAGGUACUCAAGACCCUCUCUCUGUGGAUUUCUCGCGUCUGCCAACAAGGUCACCUACAGACAGUUUGGAUGCAAGCGACACCAAAAAGCUGAGGCCGAGCUCCAGAAGUAGUUCAAGGAAUGUGAGCCCGGGUCGGAGCAAAGUGAGUCGUUGUACUUGAGUAGAAGGUUCUGAUUUCUGACUGCGAUAUUAUUGGACAUUUUACAUCUUUAUAAUAUAAAUGUCUUACGGCAUCCAGAUUUUUAAAAAUGAACACAUCAGUGACGAAGGGUUACACUGAUCUGUAAUAGAAGGUUUGAGUUGAUUAGCAAACCAGUGUACGGCUAGUUCAAUGGACUAGCAAACCAGUGUACAGCUGGAUCAAUUGCCUAGGAAACCAGUGUACGACUGAUUCAAUUGACUAGCAAACCAGUGUAUCUAUUGAAUAGCAAACCAGUGUACGACUGGUUCAAUUGACUAGCAAACCAGUGUACGACUGGAUCAAUUGAUUAGCAAACCAGUGUACGACUGGAUCAAUUGACUAGCAAACCAGUGUACGACUGGUUCAAUUGACUAGCAAACCAGUGUACGACUGGUUCAAUUGACUAGCAAACCAGUGUACGGCAGGUAAACAAUAUAAACUCCAGCAGUUCGCGGCGGUUAAUUUGAAUGUUAUUUCGAAGUGAUUGUGGCAUGAUUGGUAGCACACGGAAUUAUAAUUUCAUUCAUAUUAUAACAAACUUUGCAUAACACCAAAAAGCCUAAUCCAAUAUUUAAGAAAUGAACGAAACAAAGUACGGGAAAACCUGGAAAAAGGAGGCAACAACAACAAAAAAAAUUAUUUGUACCUAACCUGAUUUCAGUGUCCCCCCCCCCCUCAACCACCCACCCCCCUACUUAUUGCCAAUAUUUUACUACAACAUCAAACAUUUAGAUUCUAAUGAUCACAUGACUGUGUUGUCCCCUUAAAAUUUAAUGUGUUCUUUUAAAUACUUUCCAAUCUUUCGCUUGAAAUAAUUUAAUAUAUAAAAUGCAUCCUAGAAAAUAAAUAUUCUUUAUACUCUGGAAUCAAACUUUUUUAAAGAUAUCGUUACAAUUGCAACACUAGAAACAAAAACUUACAACAACAUAAAAAAAAAAUAUCUAAACUUCAGGUAAAAAUUGUUUGGUUUAAACCUGAUAUUACUGCCAACUUAAUUUGUAUUCAUAAUUCAUGAAACUUCAGUGAUAGAGAAAAUAGAAUGAAGCUGUCAUAUUUUUCCUUUGAUGUUGUCAUUUCAUAUUUAUAUAUAUAUAUUUUUCAAUUGUAAAUGUGUUUUUUAUUUCCGGUUCCAGGUCAAGAUCGCUCCCCUUGACCUCAAGAAGAACGACCCAGUCAUCCUUGACGACGACAGCGACAGCGAUGACGACGAUGACCUGGACGAGAAGAAGAUCACCGUCCCGUUGACCAUCACCAUGAUCGUGAUCGGCGGCUACAUCUUCGGCGGCGCCGUCCUCUUCGGCCUGUGGGAGGGCUGGGACUGGCUGCAGUCCGCCUACUUCUGUUUCAUCACCCUCAGCACGAUCGGGUUCGGGGACGUGGUGCCGGGAACGGACUUCGAGAACCCGCAGGCCCAGGCGCAGCUGCUGCUCGGCAGUGUGUACGUGCUGUUCGGUAUGGCGAUCCUGUCGAUGUGCUUCUCUCUCAUGCAGGAGGAGAUCCUCGCCAAGGCGCGCUGGAUCGGCCAGAAGCUGGGCAUCCUAGAGAAGGACGCGGACGACUGAUGCCAUUGAACGAGAGACGCACUGGGAGCUAACGACUGAGAGCAGAAUGUUUGAAAUGCUGGUUGAGACUUGAUACCGUGUUUUUUACUUGACGGACAUUUACUGCUGGAUUUUCAAAUAUUGUUCAAUAAUUUUUUUUUUUCAUGAAUCUUAUAUUUAGUUUAUUUGUACCCCGACAUGUUUACAAAGUUGUUUUUUCUUCUUAAAUUUUAGAUGUAUAAAACGUGUUAGGCCUGGUUUUAAUUAAAUUAGGCAAAAUGCAGCGUUGAUAAUGCCGGUAUGUUUGGCUUACCAGACAUCUCAUGCGUAUGUUAAUGUAGUUGGACGAGAACUUUGAUCUACAUAUGGCUAUCCUUGUAUCUGACUUAUCUUAGAUUUGUGCACAGCAGUUGUAGCAUCCCUGAACCCUUACAGACGAUUUUGCCACCACCACCACCACCACGCCACCACACCACCACCACCACGCCACCACGCCAACCAUCCAGUGAUGUAGUGAAGGGGCGAACCGCCCCGUCACAUUUUUUAUUUAGAGGGGUAGCAUUUUUGACUAACAGAUGCUUUUUUCGUAAAAACGGGGGUGGCAAAAACCCUGUCCCGCCCCGGGUGGCAAUAAGCCAAUGCACGCCACUGCAUCCAACAGAUGUCCAAGAUAUAGACGCAGUUAGGAAUGCGUUAACAGAAUUUAAUUUUGUGUACUAAAUAUAGGAGGAGCCUCCUUCUUAGUAUCGCCAUUAUAGACAUCUGGCUUGGGAUAAAGACAUUAGAGACAUCUUGAUUGGUAAUGACUGUCUCGGAAUAAAGACAUUACAAACAUCUGGCUUGGUAGAGACUGUCUCGGGAUGAAUAUAUUACAAACAUCUGGCUUGGUAGAGACUUCUCAGGAUGAAGAUAUUACAAACAUCUGGCUUGGUAGAGACUGUCUCAGGAUAAAGACAUUACAAGCAUCUGGCUUGGUAGAGAUGGUCUCGGGAUGAAGAUAUUACAACCAUCUGGUUUGGUAGAGAUGGUCUCGGGAUGAAGAUAUGACAAACGCCUGGUUUGGUAGAGAUGGUCUCGGGAUGAAGAUAUUACAAACAUCUGGCUUGGUAGAGAUGGUCUCGGGAUGAAGAUAUUACAAACAUCCGGUUUGGUAGAGAUGGUCUCGGGAUGAAGAUAUUACAAACAUCUGGCUAGGUAGAGACUGUCUCAGGAUAAAGAUAUUACAAACAUCUGGCUUGGUAGAGACUGUCUCGGGAUGAAGAUAUUACAAACAUCUGGUUU